AUGGCGCCUAAAUCAUUUGUAUCUAGUCCGCUUGUCAAAGAUUCGCGGCUUCUGGUGCCUAAACCGGUUUUUAGUAGACCGUAUGCAUUGUUCUUCUUCCCGCUGUAUGCUGCGUUUGCUCACUUAUACUUCCAGCAAUAUGAUCGUUAUAUUCAAGGUUCAGAAUGGACGUUUGUCUACCUCGGUGGUAUCAUUUCGCUAAAUGUGCUGGUUAUGUUGAUGCCAGCUUGGAAUGUUGGAAUCGCGGCAGGAUUUAAUUAUGCUACAGCUGGUGAUUUGAAUGAGGCUACCCAUGUUUUAAUUCAUACUACUCCAAACAACGGUUCUGAUGGUAUUGUAGAGAUUCAAAGAGUUCAAGAAGCUGGAGAAUUGCAAAUUUUUUUCCAGUUCCAAAAGAAGAGAUUCUUAUGGCACCCAGAGGAAGGUGUCUUCAGCUCUCCAAAGUUUUUGAUUGACGAAGCACCAAAGAUUUCUAACUUCCAAGAUUUCAAAGGCCACUCUGGUGAUUUGACUCAUUUGAGAAGAUUGUAUGGUGAGAAUUCCUUUGAUAUUCCAAUUCCAACUUUCCUUGAAUUGUUCAAAGAACAUGCAGUGGCUCCUUUGUUUGUUUUCCAAGUCUUUUGUGUUGCGCUGUGGUUGUUGGAUGAAUUUUGGUACUAUGCUUUGUUUAACUUGUUCAUGAUUGUCUCUAUGGAAGGUGCAGCCGUCUUCCAACGGUUGACUACCCUCAGAGAGUUCAGAACUAUGGGUAUCAAACCAUAUACUAUUAAUGUCUUCAGGAACAAGAAGUGGUCCGAGAUCCAAACAGAUCAACUACUGCCAAUGGAUGUUGUUUCUAUCACUAGAACCGCUGAAGACAGUGCUAUUCCUUGUGAUUUGGUCUUGGUUGAUGGUAGUUGUAUCGUCAACGAAGCAAUGCUUUCUGGUGAGUCUACGCCAUUGUUGAAAGAAUCGAUAAGACUUCGUCCAAGGUGUGAUGAUUUGCAGGUCGAUGGAGUUGAUAAGAACUCGGUGCUGCAUGGUGGUACCAAAGCUUUGCAGGUUACUGCGCCAGAAAUCAAGUCAGAUAUUCCCUUGUCACCAGAUGGAGGUGCUUUGGCCAUUGUUACAAAGACCGGAUUUGAAACUUCUCAAGGUUCGUUAGUCCGUGUGAUGAUUUACUCAGCUGAACGUGUUUCUGUUGAUAAUAAAGAGGCCCUUUAUUUCAUUCUGUUCUUAUUGAUCUUUGCUAUUGUCGCUUCAUGGUACGUUUGGGUUGAAGGUACUAGAAUGGGUAGAACUCAGUCUAAAUUGAUUCUUGACUGUAUUUUGAUUAUCACUUCUGUUGUCCCACCAGAACUGCCAAUGGAACUGACUAUGGCCGUUAACUCUUCUUUGGCUGCUCUAUCGAAAUUUUACGUUUAUUGUACUGAGCCUUUCAGAAUUCCCUUGGCUGGUAGAGUAGAUGUUUGUUGUUUCGAUAAGACUGGUACAUUAACUGGUGAAGAUUUGGUCUUUGAAGGUUUGGCUGGUUUGUCUCAAGACCCAGCUCAGAUCCGUCACAUGUUUACUGCUGAUGAUGCUCCUGCUAAAACUGCCUUGGUUAUUGGUGCAGCACAUGCGCUUGUCAGACUGGAUGAUGGUGAAAUAGUCGGUGACCCAAUGGAAAAAGCAACAUUGAGGUCUCUCAACUGGAAAGUAGAGGCUAAGGAUACUGUCAACAAGAUGGGAGCAGGAAAGAUUCAGAUUUUACGUCGUUUUCAAUUCUCUUCUGCUUUAAAGAGAUCAUCUUCUAUUGCUGUCCAUGAUAAAAAGUACUUUGCUGCUGUAAAGGGUGCUCCAGAAACCAUUCGUCAGAGACUAGUUUCUGUUCCUGAAAAUUACGAUGAAAUCUACAAGUCCUUUACCCGUUCUGGUUCUAGAGUUCUAGCCCUUGCGUCCAAGACCCUACCUUCUUUGAGUUCUAAGCAACUCGAGGAUAUCACUCGUGAAGAAAUUGAGCAUCAAUUAGAGUUUAGCGGGUUCCUGAUUUUCCACUGUCCUUUGAAAGACGAUGCUACUGAAACAAUCAAGAUGUUAAACGAGUCUGCUCAUCGUUCUAUCAUGAUCACAGGUGAUAACCCAUUGACAGCUGUGCACGUUGCUAAGGAAGUCGGGAUUGUUGAUAGAGAGACACUUAUUUUGGAUAGAGAAGGUGAAAAUGAGAAAGGUGGCUUGGUCUUCCGUAACGUUGAGGAAACCAUCACCAUUCCAUUCGACCCUGCUACUGGUAAAUUUGAUCGUGCUACGUUGUUCGACAAGUAUGACAUCGCCGUCACUGGUCAUUCCUUGGGUGCGUUAGAAGAACAUCACCAACUGAGAGAAUUGAUUCGUCACACUUGGGUUUACGCGCGUGUGUCCCCCUUACAGAAGGAAUUCAUCCUGAACACUUUGAAGGACAUGGGAUACCAAACUUUGAUGUGUGGUGAUGGUACCAAUGAUGUGGGUGCAUUAAAGCAAGCACAUGUUGGUGUUGCUCUGCUGAACGGUACAGAGGAAGGAUUGAAGAAAAUGGCUGACAGCCGUAGAACGGAAAACAUGAAGGCCAUGUACAUUAAGCAAUGUGGUUUUUUUGAAAAAUGGGGUCAACCUCAACCGCCAGUUCCUGAACCUAUUGCUCACUUAUUCCCACCAGGACCAAAGAACCCUCACUAUUUGAAAGCUCUCGAGAAGAACGGCACAACGAUUACUCCAGAAAUCAGAAAAUUGGUUACGGAAGCAAACAAUAAGCCAGCAGAAACUAUCAAGUCUGAGAAAGAUUCUGGUGCCAAGAGCGGUGCAGAUCUAGCCUCGAUGUUACUCAACACUGCCGGUGACUCCCAGGAGGAAGAAGCCCCAACUUUGAAACUAGGUGAUGCUUCCUGUGCUGCUCCGUUCACUUCCAAGCUUGCCAAUGUCUCUGCUGUGACUAACAUUAUUCGUCAAGGUCGUUGCGCUUUAGUGAACACCAUUCAAAUGUACAAGAUUUUGGCUCUUAAUUGUUUGAUUAGUGCUUACUCGCUAUCUGUCAUCUAUUUGGCCGGUGUCAAAUUUGGGGAUGGUCAAGCUACUGUAUCUGGUUUACUACUGUCCGUCUGUUUCUUGAGUAUUUCCCGUGGUAAGCCACUACAGAAAUUAUCGAAGCAAAGACCACAAGCUGGUAUCUUCAACGUGUACAUUAUGGGUUCUAUUCUAUCUCAGUUUGCUGUUCAUAUUGUGACUCUGAUCUACAUUACUUUGGAGAUUUACAAACUUGAACCUAGAGAACCUCAAGUUGAUUUGGAGAAGACAUUUGAGCCAUCAUUAUUGAACACCGGUAUCUUCAUUAUCCAACUGGUGCAACAGGUUUCCACUUUCGCAGUCAAUUACCAAGGUGAACCUUUCAGAGAGAACAUCACCAGUAACAAGGGUAUGUAUUACGGUUUGCUCGGUGUUACUGGUUUGGCUUUAGCUGGUGCAACAGAAUUUAUUCCUGAGUUGAAUGAAGCCAUGAAGUUCGUUCCAAUGGAUGAAAGCUUCAAAUUGAAGUUAACUACAACACUAUUGAUCGACUUCUUCGGCAGUUGGGGUUGUGAAUACGUGUUCAAGUAUUUCUUCAUGGAUGCUAGACCAGCAGACAUUGCUUCGAGGAACGUAGAAAUUAUUUGA